UAACAACCAGCAAACCAAACGAGACGAAAACGCGGAGUGACAGAGAGAAAGAGUCUCCCUUUUUGUUCGGGUUUCCUGAGUGAUGGGUGAUCAUGAUGUGGUGCUGUGUGUGGACCGUCUUGUGAAGCCGCUGACCGGACGACCUCCGCUACAGGAGGCUGAGGUUGGCCCCGAGAGGCUGCCAGAUGUGGCGGGACCAUCGCGCUCUGGGGCUGAUGAGGAAGACCCGCUUUUAAAUAUGGGCGAGUGCCGCAUUUGCCAGGAGGAAGAUUCUACCACGAAUUUGGAGACGCCUUGUUCUUGCAGUGGUAGUCUUAAGUAUGCUCACAGAAAAUGUGUUCAACACUGGUGCAAUGAGAAAGGAGACAUAACUUGUGAAAUUUGUCAUACGCUUUACCAACCUGGUUACACUGCUCCUCCACCUCGCGCUGAAGAGACUGCCAUCGACAUUGGUGGCGGAUGGACAAUCUCUGGUACCCCAUUAGAUUUGCAUGAUCCUCGAGUAAUGGCAAUGGCUGAGGCAGAACGUCACUUUUUGGAAGCUGAGUAUGAUGAAUAUGCUGCUACAGAUGCCAGUGGAGCUGCAUUUUGUCGUUCAGCUGCUCUAAUUUUAAUGGCUCUUCUGCUCUUGCGGCAUGCAUUGACCGUGUCAGAUGCUGAUGGAGAUGAUGAUGCAUCUACUUUUUUCUCCCUUUUCUUGCUUCGGGCUGCUGGGUUUUUGCUGCCCUGCUACAUUAUGGCCUGGGCCAUCAGUAUAUUGCAGCGUCGAAGAGAGAGAGAGGAGGCUGCAGCAUUGGCAGCGACACAAUUUGCAUUUGUGCUACAAUCAGGGCAGAGCAGGGGUCUACAGUUCACAAUAGCGUCGGCACCGUCAGUGACACCGGUGACACCCCACCAGGAAACUGCUUAAUAAGUUAAAUGCGUUGUUUUCAAAGCCAUUUGAAAAGAGUGUUUUGGCAUUUAUCCAUGACUGGCAAAUUCCAAUAAAUGCCGCCAAACUCCAACGCGUAUUACCUUGUUCCGCAUUUCCUUGUUAUAAGUGUUUGUAUAUGAAUACGGUUGCAUCUUGACAUGAAUUUCUAGGGAAAACCUGUUGUGACAUAGUCUUGUCAAACAUGGACAUCUAUCUCCAGCUGUAUAUCAUAUAUUUUUUUUAAUGUAAUGUUUCAUUUCUGA